UUAACAUGUUAUUACCAGAGGUGUUUUAGAUAUUGAUCCUGUGUUCGGUGGUAGUUACACUCAUUCCCCUAUCUCACAGGUCCAUACCUGCUUUUCUAAUUUAAUAAAGACAAGUGACAGGAAAAUUUGAAAAAAUGCCCAAGAGGAAGUCACCCGAGGGAGCGGAGGCCAAAGACGCCACCAAAGUUACUAAGCAUGAGCCCACUCGGAGGUCAGAGCGUCUAUCCUCAAAACCAGCUCCUAAACCCGAACCAAAGGCCAAAAAAACAGCUGCCAAGAAGCCAUCCAAUGACAAAGCGGUAAAGGAGAAGAAGGGCGGAGCCAAAGGAAAGAAAGAGGAGAAAGAAUCUGCGCCCACUGCAAAUGGAGAGACCAAGCCAGAGGAGAUCUGUGUCUCACGCUCAUCUGUCAGUGUGUCAUCAUGGAGAAGUUCCGCCCCCUCCUUCCUGUCCAUCCGAGGGCAGAGCGAGAGUGUUAGAGUAAAGGGAAACUGAGACGGCUGAUACCGAGGCUGAGGAGAAAGAGUGAUUGAAGUUGUUUUCUGGAAUAACAAAGAACAUUUUUUAUUCCUAUUGAGUAUUUUGUAAAAUGCAAACUUUUUUUAGACUUAUCGUACUAGAUUUCCUUAGCUAAAAGUCGACUCACACUCCCCGCUGAAGCACCGUACCCGUCUCCUUCUCUUUCAUCCGACAGAAGGAUAGAUUCGUUUCAAGGAAAAGCAACAAUUAUUCUUGAAUAUUUCACCAGCAGCUCGCCUGCCAAAUUCAGCCACUUCCGGUUCAUCUUUUGCCACCAGAGUGCAUAGCCUUAGCUCCAUGUAUUUGGUUACUAAGGUCUUUGCUGUGUAUUGUCUUUGAGUCUUAUUUAAUUGGUUGAAUAUCUUAAAAAAGAGAGGGAGUAUAUAGGGAGGAGAGAUUUAAAGUUGUAACCCUUCGCCUUUUUUUAAUCUCCUUUGUAGCAUUUUAAGAUUCAAGUGAGUUCUUUUAAAAUUGCUGAAUUAAACAUGACCCUUAACAGUGGCAGAUAUCCAUAGCAAUAAACAAGUGGUGCUUUGUGCUAGAAGGUUAGGAAAACUCUACAAGAAUUGAAUCUCUGACAAAUGUAAAAGUCCACAAAACUGGUUUGAGAUACUCUCUGUAAAAUGUUUUCAAAAAAAAAAAAAAGAUGAAUAAACGGUCAAUAGACUA